CUAUAGUAGUUCCAGCAACAGAACGCAUUAAACAAAUCCGGACAAUCUCGAAUCAUGAUCAAAACAUUGAGACCAAUAAAUUAUUUGCUAACCCUACAUGGACGAAAUUACUGUAAUUACGCUCUUCCUUUAGCUCAGAAAAAGUAUGCUAGCAAACCGUCUGUCCGAAAUGUGCCCAAGCCACCGAAAGACCUGAAAUGUUACGAAGAAAUUGAAGGUUUCCAGGAAUCGGUCUUUAGAGAACACUCCGCGGAACAGGGCCUCGGACCAAUUGCAGCCGUUGACGAAUCCGCGAAAACGGGACCGUACAAAAAUCCGGAAUACUAUAGCUAUCACCAUAUGAGCUUCUACGACUUUACGGUGAGCAACGAAUGUCAUCAGCAACCGCAGCCGGAUGCUUACAAGGGAAUACACAACCGAUUCGAGAUUGUCCGAAAGUCCUGUUACCAGGUAGCUAGCAAAAAGCAUCGCCCCUCUGACCGGGACCAAAUGCCUCCUCCGAAUUGUCCUCCGGCGAAAGAUGAAAAAUCGGGACCAGGCGGCAAUUGCGGGAAUAAGGAAAUUCUUGAUGGAAAGCUGAAGUCCCAUCCCACUAAAGGAGGAGAUCAAAAGUCACCAUCGGGAGGAGGAACCGGUCCCAAGUGUGGAAAAUCCUAGAAUCAAGGGAGUUCCAUUUCGGGAUCUUUCUUAAUUAACCCGUUUAAAAUUCAAAAAGAAAAAUUUGGUCAGAUCGGUUUAUUUUUGGAUU